CCAGGCAACAUGUGGGCCCAGUCUUGGUCCAACAUUUUCGACCUGGUGAUACCUUUCCCAAAUGCCACCAAGGUGGAUGCCACCCCAGCCAUGAAAAAACAGGGCUGGACCCCAAGGAAGAUGUUUGAAGUGUCAGACCAUUUCUUUACCUCUCUGGGCCUCAUCCCCAUGCCCGAGGAGUUCUGGAACAAGUCCAUGAUUGAGAAGCCAGCCGACGGGCGGGAGGUGGUGUGUCACGCCUCCGCCUGGGACUUCUACAACCGCAAGGACUUCAGGAUCAAGCAGUGCACUGUGGUGAACAUGGAUGACCUAAUCACGGUGCACCACGAGAUGGGCCACGUCCAGUACUUCCUGCAGUACAUGGACCAGCCCAUCUCGUUCCGUGAUGGGGCCAACCCUGGCUUCCACGAGGCCAUCGGGGAUGUCAUGGCUUUGUCUGUCUCGACCCCAAAACACCUGCACAGCAUCAACCUGCUGGACCAAGUCACGGACAACGAAGAAAGUGACAUUAAUUACCUGAUGAGCAUUGCCCUGGACAAAAUCGCCUUCCUGCCCUUCGGGUACCUGAUGGACCAGUGGCGCUGGAAGGUGUUCGACAGGAGGAUCAAGGAGGAUGAGUACAACCAGCAGUGGUGGAACCUCAGGAUGAAGUACCAGGGCUUGUGCCCACCAGCACCAAGGUCUGAAGACGACUUUGACCCUGGGGCAAAGUUUCACAUCCCUGCCAACGUCCCCUACAUCAGGUACUUCGUCAGCUUCGUGAUCCAGUUCCAGUUCCACCAGGCUCUCUGUGCGGUGGCCAAGCACCAGGGGCCCCUGCACAAGUGUGACAUCUACAAGUCCAAGGACGCUGGGAGUAUCUUGGGGAAAGCCCUGAAGCUGGGAUUCAGUAGGCCGUGGCCUGAAGCCAUGAUGCUCAUCACGAAGCAGCCCAACAUGUCAGCUGAUGCCCUGAUGAGCUACUUCGAGCCACUCAUGACAUGGCUGGUGAAGGAGAAUGAGAAGAACGGGGAGGUCCUGGGCUGGCCUGAGUACAGCUGGACUCCUUACACAGCCACUCCAGCCCAAGCUGUCUCCGACCACGCUGACUUCCUGGGCAUGUCCCUGACCAGCCACCAAGCCACAGCAGGGGGCUGGGUCCUGCUUGCCCUGGCACUCGUCUUCCUGGUCACCACCCUCUUCUUCGGCGUCAAGUUCUUCUCCUCCAGGCGAAAGGCCUUCAAAUCCAGCUCAGAAAUGGAACUGAAAUAA